AGUGUGGUGCACUGGGCGCCUGCGAAACCUCCUCGGAACAGUGAGCUGCUUCUGGCACAUGUCGAAAUUUACAUUUAUAAUCGAGAGAAAAAGAGGAAAUGAGUUUGUUCGCGUUCGCCCCUUCUUCUUUCUUGAAGAGUUUGAAAGUGUAGCACCGCUGGAGGAUAACACGACAAGGUGAGAUGAGGGACCGACUGACUGACCUGCAGGGCUUCGCCGUCAAGCCUGCAGCUGAGGAGCUCAGUCCUGGGGACAACCAUGUCGCCGAGGAACUGCAGCCUCUGGAGCAGCACGCCAUCGUGUUUGAGGGCGAGGACGCGAUGGAUGGCAUCUACAAGGACGCCCAAGCCAUGAGGAAGGAGAUACAGUUGCUCAAAAUGGACGUGAAGCGCCUGGGGAAGCAGAACACCAGGUUCCUCACGUCCGUCAGGAGGAUCAGCAGCAUCAAGCGGGACUCCAACGCUCUGGGGCGGGACAUCAAGGCCAGAGGGGAGGCCAUUUAUGCCCGGCUGCAGAAGAUGGCGCAGGAGAGCAAGAAGCUGGAAGAUGAACACGGGCCUACGUCGGCCGUGGUUCGCAUGGUGCGCUCACAGUACGUGUCUCUGACCAACGCCUUCCACGACGCCAUGUCUGAGUACAACGAGGCCGAGAUGGCGCAGAGGGAGAACUGCAAGACCCGCAUCCAGAGGCAAGCCGAGAUCAUGGGGAUGGAGGUGAGCAGGGAUCAGAUAGACGAGAUGGUCGAGACGGGAAAGUGGAACGUCUUCUCGGACAACCUCCUGCUGGAGGGCAGGACUGCCAGGUCCGCUCUGAACGAGAUCGAGAACAGGCACAAGGAGCUGCUGGAGCUGGAGGGCCGCAUCAGGGACAUUCAGGAGCUUUUCUUCCAGCUGGCCCUGCUGGUGGAGGAGCAGGGCUGCAUGCUGGACAACAUUGAAGCCAACGUCGCUGGAACUCAGGACUAUGUCGCCAAGGCUACAGGUCAGAUAAGGAAGGCUGUGAAAUACAAGAAAGACAAUCCGUGCAAGAAACUCUUCUGCUGUUGCUUCCCUUGCUGUAAAUGAGACUCCCACCAGUGUGGCUUCAAAGAUGCACGCAGUGUAUCUUUGAUUUAUGCAUGCGUUCGGCUCAGGCCUUGGCCUAAGGACAAGGGCCCACAGUCAUUUUGAACAAAACUUCCAUAUGCAAAUGAAUACAGUGUGAUAUGGUUGUUGCAUUUCCUGAGUGCCACCGAGAACAGUUUCUGCACGAUUGCUGUAAAGACCUUUAAGCUAUUAUUUAAUACGUGACUCUUAGCUUUGUAAGUUUUGUAAUGUUUCAUGUGAUAUUUAAGUCAGUAAAGUAUGUUUUAUGUCUAA